AGACGCCAGCCAAAGUAGGCGGGGUUGCAGGAGGAGAGUCCGCUUUGCGCAAUCCAGUCCGGGACUUGGCUCCGCCCUGGAGCGGCGGCCUCUCCGGUGACAGAGGAGUAGUGAGCGGCACGGGGUGAGGCUGCAGCCAACUCCGCUCCCCGCGCACUCGGCUGCCCAGGCGCUCCGGACGCAGCAGCAGCGCUUCUCCGCGGGGCCGACCGCCCGCGAUGCCCGCUUAGGAGCGGCGGUAGCGGCCAGCACCGCCACACCCGCGGCGUAGCGCUCCCGGUCGUGGAGCGGGGCUAGAGCGCGCACCCCUGCCCCAGCCCCCACCCCGCCCCCCACCCUGAAAUGACUUGUUAAUCGGCGCAAACACCACCGAAGGGACUCGCCGGAGUGGAAUCCAAGUGGAAUUUGGAUUUGGAGAAGAGUUUCUUGAACAUUUCCUCCUUUCUUGUUGGUUUUCUUCUUUCUUUUUUCAUCUCCCCUUCUCCGCCUGUCAUUGGAAAUGAAUACGGCGCGUUUGCAUCCCAGAAAGUAGUCGCUGCGACUAUACCCCUACGGAGACAAGCACCCAUGUAGGAAUGACAAAGGCUUGCGAAGCAGAGAGCGCAGCUCGCGGCCCGGAGAGAUCCCCUCGAUAAUGGAUUACUAAAUGGGAUACACGCUGUACCAGUCCGCUCCGAGCCCCGGCCGCCUGCCCGUCGAUGCACCGAAAAGGGUGAAGUAGAGAAGUAAAGUCUCCCCGCUGAACUACUAUGAGGUCAGAAGCCUUGCUGCUAUAUUUCACACUGCUACAUUGUGCUGGGGCUGCUUUCCCAGAAGAUUCUGAGCCAAUCAGUAUUUCGCAUGGCAACUAUACAAAACAGUAUCCGGUGUUUGUGGGCCACAAGCCAGGACGGAACACCACGCAGAGGCACAGGCUGGACAUCCAAAUGAUUGUGAUCAUGAACAGAACCCUGUACAUUGCUGCCAGGGACCAUAUUUAUACUGUUGAUAUAGACACCUCACACACAGAAGAAAUUUAUUGUAGCAAAAAACUGACAUGGAAAUCUAGACAGGCUGAUGUAGACACAUGCAGAAUGAAGGGAAAACAUAAGGAUGAGUGUCACAACUUUAUUAAAGUUCUGCUGAAGAAAAAUGAUGAUACUUUGUUCGUCUGUGGAACUAAUGCCUUCAACCCUUCCUGCAGAAACUAUAAGAUGGAUACUUUGGAACCUGUGGGUGAUGAAUUUAGCGGAAUGGCCAGAUGCCCUUACGAUGCCAAACAUGCCAAUAUCGCACUGUUUGCAGAUGGAAAACUAUACUCUGCUACAGUGACAGACUUCCUUGCCAUUGAUGCAGUCAUCUACCGGAGUCUUGGAGAUAGCCCAACCCUACGGACCGUCAAGCAUGAUUCAAAAUGGUUAAAAGAACCGUAUUUUGUCCAAGCGGUAGAUUAUGGAGACUACAUCUACUUCUUCUUUAGGGAAAUAGCGGUGGAGUACAACAGCAUGGGAAAGGUAGUUUUCCCAAGGGUGGCUCAGGUUUGUAAGAAUGACAUGGGAGGGUCUCAGAGAGUCCUGGAGAAGCAGUGGACUUCUUUCCUGAAGGCUCGCCUCAAUUGCUCCGUUCCCGGGGACUCCCAUUUUUAUUUCAACAUCCUGCAGGCAGUUACCGACGUGAUUCGUAUUCAUGGCCGUGAUGUUGUCCUGGCAACCUUCUCCACACCUUAUAACAGCAUCCCUGGGUCUGCAGUGUGUGCCUAUGACAUGCAUGACAUCGCCAAUGUCUUUACUGGGAGAUUCAAAGAACAGAAGUCUCCAGAUUCCACAUGGACACCAGUUCCUGAUGAACGCGUGCCUAAGCCCAGGCCAGGCUGCUGCGCCGGCUCCUCCUCCUUAGAAAAAUACACCACCUCCAAUGAAUUUCCUGACGACACCUUGAAUUUCAUCAAAACGCACCCGCUUAUGGAUGAGGCCGUGCCGUCCAUCAUCAACAGGCCGUGGUUCCUGAGGACGAUGGUCAGAUACCGCCUGACCAAAAUUGCGGUGGACACCGCUGCUGGCCCAUAUCAGAACCACACUGUGGUUUUCCUGGGAUCCGAGAAGGGAAUCAUCUUGAAAUUCUUGGCCAGGACAGGAAACAGUGGUUUCCUAAAUGACAGCCUUUUCCUGGAGGAGAUGAGCGUUUACAAUCCUGAAAAGUGCAGCUAUGACGGAGUAGAAGACAAGAGGAUCAUGGGCAUGCAGCUGGACAAAGCCAGCAGCUCUCUGUAUGUUGCAUUCUCCACUUGUGUGAUCAAGGUUCCCCUUGGCCGGUGUGAGCGGCAUGGCAAGUGUAAAAAAACCUGUAUUGCUUCCAGAGACCCCUACUGUGGGUGGGUAAAGGAAGCAGGUGCAUGUGCUCAUCUGUCGCCCAGCAGCAGACUGACUUUUGAACAGGACAUAGAGCGUGGCAAUACCGAUGGCCUGGGGGAUUGUCACAAUUCCUUCGUGGCACUGAAUGACAUUUCAACUCCUCUACCAGAUCAUGAAAUGUCUUACAACACAGUAUAUGGGCACUCCAGUUCCCUCUUGCCCAGCACCACCACGUCCGAUUCGGCAGCUCAAGAGGGAUAUGAGUCUAGGGGAGGAAUGAUGGACUGGAAGGAGUCACGCGACAGCACAGACUCUUUGGGGGCAGUGUCUUCCCAUAAUCACCAGGACAAGAAGGGAGUGAUUCGGGAGAGCUAUCUCAAAGGCCACGACCAGCUCGUUCCUGUCACGCUCCUGGCCAUCGCGGUCAUUCUGGCUUUUGUCAUGGGGGCCGUGUUCUCGGGCAUCAUCGUCUACUGCGUCUGCGAUCACCGGCGCAAAGAUGUGUCCUCCGUGCAGCGCAAGGAGAAGGAGCUCACCCACUCGCGCCGCGGCUCCAUGAGCAGCGUCACCAAGCUAAGCGGCCUCUUCGGGGACACCCAGUCCAAAGACCCCAAGCCAGAGGCCAUCCUCACGCCACUCAUGCACAACGGCAAGCUCGCCACUCCCAGCAACACCGCCAAGAUGCUCAUCAAGGCCGAUCAGCACCACCUGGACCUGGCCGCCCUGCCCACCCCGGAGUCCACGCCGACGCUGCAGCAGAAACGCAAGCCCAGCCGCGGCAGCCGCGAGUGGGAACGGAAUCAGAACCUCAUCAACGCCUGCACCAAGGACAUGCCCCCCAUGGGCUCCCCGGUGAUCCCCACGGACCUGCCCCUGCGGGCCUCCCCCAGCCACAUCCCCAGCGUGGUCGUGCUGCCCACCACGCGGCAGAGCUACCAGCACGAGUACGUGGACCAGCCCAAAAUGAGCGAGGUGGCGCCGAUGGCGCUGGAGGACCAGGCGGCCACCCUGGAGUAUAAGACCAUCAAGGAACAUCUCAGCAGCAAGAGUCCCAACCACGGGGUGAACCUGGUGGAGAACCUGGACAGCCUGCCCCCCAAAGUCCCCCAGCGGGAGGCCUCCCUGGGCCCUCCCGGGGCCUCCCUGUCGCAGAACGGCCUGAGCAAGCGGCUGGAGAUGCGCCCCUCCUCGUCCUACGGGCUGGACUAUAAGAGGAGCUACCCCACGAACUCGCUCACCAGAAGCCAUCAGGCCGCCACCCUCAAAAGAAACAAUACUAACUCCUCCAAUUCCUCCCACCUCUCCAGGAACCAGAGCUUUGGCCGGGGAGACAACCCGCCCCCCGCCCCACAGAGGGUGGACUCCAUCCAAGCGCACAGCUCGCCGCAGCCCUCAGGCCAGGCCGUGACUGUGUCGAGGCAGCCCAGCCUCAACAGCGCCUACAACUCACUGACCCGGGCGGGGCUGAAGCGCACGCCCUCGCUAAAGCCGGACGUGCCCCCCAAACCCUCCUUUGCCCCUCUUUCCACAUCCAUGAAGCCCAACGACGCGUGUACAUAAUCCCCGGGGUGGGGAGGGGGCAGGUGUCGAACCAGCAGGAAAAGGCGAGGCGCCCGCCCGCUCAGCUCGGCAAGGUUCUCCAUGGCUGAGUACCCACCCGACCAAGACGGCCGCGGCGGCGCCCGGGACUCUGAGUCCCUCCCCGGGACGCAGCGGGGGGCAGGGACUGUCGACUAUUGGGCCGUGCGGUUCGGUGAAGGUUCGCGACGCGGGACUCACCUCCAUUUCUCUUCCUCCACUCUACCCCCACGCCCUGCAACAGGUUGGACUCACGGAAGACUGCAAUCAGCAUCACAAACAUGAGCCAAAAGCACACACACCCACCCCUCCACCCACGCCCACCGUGUGCGUCUGCACGCCCGCGUGCACACACGCGCGCACACACACAGACACACACACACGUGGAUAGCAACGGCAACAUCGUGUCCAUGAUUGCACGGGGCGCUGCCCAAGUGGGCUAGCGUUCCCACCUGCAAAACAGUUUUUUUAAAAAUGAGAAUUAAAAAGACAAAAAAAAAAUUCAUUGAUAAUUCUAACUCAGACUUUAACAAUGGCGGAAGUUUACUAUGCUCAGAUACUGUGAAAUGCCCACCAGUUACAGCUUUCUGUUAUAACAGAUGAAUGCCAUGCUGGGCAACUAUGUCAUAGAUUUCUGCUCCUCUCUUUUAAUGAAAUAACGUGACCGUUAACGCAAGUAACUCUUUAUUUAUUGUUCACAUUUUUUUUCCUUAAGGAAAGGACUCUUCCACAUACCAUCCUCUGAACAGCUCUUCAGAAAGCCCCCUUGAUAGUUAAAACUAUUUAACGUGAAAUCCAUUAACUGGAAUAAUUGAGUUUCUUUAUUUUUACAAUAAAUUCACUGAGUAAAUAAGUCGGAGCUGGAAUUCUGAGCUUUGUGUUUGGACUGUCUGAUCUCUAGCUAAAGAAAAAAACUUAAGAGGGGAAUAUUUAUUUAAAUCUACCAGCUUAAUUUUCUGGUCAGGUCCCUGGCCUAUAACAUGCAAAAGAAUAAUUUGUUUAAAAGUCCUUCCAGAUCCUAACUUCUAAAGCAACCAGGAGAGGAACUUUGAGAAUGGCACCUCGUGUCCCAUUGCUGCCAACAUAGCUUUGUCAAGGGUUCCUACUUUCUGUGAAGGCACCAGCUUGUGAAACACCAUCUCAUUUCACCUUGCAUGUGAGACAGCAAACAAAAUCUACCAAUGGUGUGAACUAAUUAAUAUGCUGGCUGCUACCUUGCAUAAAUUAAUGGUUUGAUCACACAGGUUUUUCGUGGGGUUACAUCUGUGAAUAGCCUGUUUUCCACAUGUAAAUUUGUGCCUUACACCCUGAGUUGUGUACACUUGUAAACUGUCAUUAUGAUAAUCUUUUCCCCCUUUUGAAAUAAAUGCAGAUAUUUAUUUGAGCCUCCCUCCCCCCACCCCCAUUGCAGUCCUCUGGAAGAUUAGCAUCCAGCUGAGGGAAGGAGGAUGCAGUAGUGAUGCUUAUAGGAGAGCCGGGCAGCACCGCAGCCCGAUUCACACUUCCAUCCAGUGGUGCCAACUCCAACCACCCUUUGGCCAUGCUGCCAAGCAUGGAUCCCAGUGUUGUGGGUGGCAAAGUCCCCUUUCUCCCUCCAGAGCUCCCUGCUUCCCUUGUAUUCUCAGAUCAUUUCAACAUGAUGAUGUCCUCAUUAGCCAGCAGAAAAGGGACUAACGUCCCAGUCCUCAUUUCUGCUGUGUCCACUGCCAGAACACGCUGUGUGAGGUUGGGCAGGCACCUGGGGGUAGUCUCCAAGCCAUGUGCUAGGCACACACGUGCAAUGCACACAAAGAAAUAAUAUGGAAAUAGAUGCAGGCAGGCUGGUCCCUGCUGUGAUUAAUGAGUAACUCCAAGAAUAAGGCCAACCGCAAUGGAUGCUGCAAAAACGUUGACUGGGGCAAAAGGUUUUUAAUUUUUUUUUUUAUUUCUUUAUCCUUUUGUGGCUGUUGUUUGUAGGGGGAGGGGGUGGGGUGUGUGUUUUUCCCCUUGGUUUUCAUUAGCUCAAGCACACACAAGGGACUUUUGUUUACUCUAUUGCAAAGAAUUGUCAACAUACUGUAAACUGUGAGCAUUGUUGUUGGUUGUUAUUGUUUUUUUAAACUGCUAAACAGUAUAUCUGGUGGUCUCUUUGUCUCGUUUUCAUUUCCAGUUUGAUCUCUGGGUUUAGUUUUGUCUUAAAAAGAAAACUUCUGAAAAAGACAAUCAGGAAUAACUUUGAAUUGGCUAGUGAAGAGUGGUACCUCCAUAAUCAGAGUGAGACCCAGGUUUGUAGCCAGAACACAUGAACGACCUUUUUAUUCCAGACACCCCUUCAGUUUUGCUCUUGUUUGGGAUAGGUUUUUGUUGUUCUUGUGUCGUUAUGCUUUUGUUUUGUUUUGUUAAUGGAAUCCGUAUUCACACCCUGUGAACUCUCUGCCCUGAAACCACGAAACUUCACUGCAAAGAGAGAGAUUGUCUCUUUCUGUCUACUUUCUUUAGAAAUGGGGAACUUAGGAAGAUGAUGGGUAUAGAUCACCCUGCUGCCUUCUUCCCCAAGCUUCACUCCCACUAGAAAUGAGGUGCCGCACCCACCCGCUCUGUCUGGUCCCCAUGUGCGGGCAUCAAUGCAUCAGCUGUGUUACGGAGACCUGUGUCUGCCUCCCACAACCCAUCACUCAUGGUGUUAACCCUAAAAUGCCCACAGGUAUUGAGGUGGUCUUCUGCAUUGAAGUAUUUUUCCUGUUUUCUUUUGUUCCCCACAGCGUGUGGGGGGAGGGUCCCUAAACCUGAGUGUGCCUUUGCUCUCCACCCUUGCUAGACACUGGUAGAUGCAACCAACUCAGAUUUAUAUUUGUUGUAAAGUUGUAAAAAUAUUGUGAUGUCACCAAUUUUCCUUCCAUCUACACAUCCCCUAACAUCUGAUUCAUGACUUAAUGUAUGUUGUAAAAAAGAAAAAAGAAUAGAAAAAAAAGGGAAAAAAGACAAAAAAGGCAAGGAAAAGGCUCUUUAUUACUUAAAAGUAAUAAAACAAGACUGUUCUGCAUU